CCAACUUUUUCCCGAUCAGUGACAGUCACACUGUUCUUGCUUCAUCCUCUCUCUCUCCAGUUAUCGGAGCAUGCAAAGGCAUCAGUCUCAGCAUUUUCGGUAGAAAUGACGAACAAGGGCAAAGGAAAGGGCAAGGAGGUCGCCGGAAAAGCUUCGACCGGCAAGCGCAAGGCCAGCUUCGAUGAUGACAAGACCGGUGGCCGCUUCAAGUCAGCAGCCAUGAAGUUUAUCGAUGACGCCGCUGACGUUGAUGACAGCGAUGACAGCGACGACAGCGAUUUGAGCGAAGAGAGUGAUUUCGGCGACGAUUCUUCUGACGAAGCUUUUGAUUCCUCUCCGAGAAGAAUGAGCGAACCAGGCCCGAGCAAUUUCCCGCGUGUUCCUAAAGAGGAAUUGGUGGACGAAGAAGAGUUUGAUAGAAUAUUGGAGGAGCGCUACGCUGAUCCAUCUAGAUUUAUCAAAUUUGCUGAUGAGUUUGAUGACAAAGGCAACAACUCAAAUUCUAUUCAUGACGCGGUCAUGGAAUUAAUGCCCAACAUCUGGAAAGUCAAAUGCACUGUUGGCCGGGAGAGGCUUUCAGCUUUGUGUCUGAUGCAGAAGUUUGCUGAUUUGUUUUCUUUGGGUACUGUCUUGAAGAUAAAAUCUGCUUUUGCCGUAGAUCAUAUGAAAGGUUUUGUAUACAUUGAGGCUGAAAGGCAGUGUGAUAUAAAUGAGGCAUGUCAAGGGAUUCCCGGAAUCUAUGUUACUCGAGUAGCUCUAGUACCAAAUAGUGAGGUCUAUCAUCUUUUUUCUGUUAGAAAUAGAACCCCUGAAAUUUCUGAGGGUAAGUGGGCUCGAAUAAAAGGUGGUAAUUACAAAGGGGAUUUAGAACAGGUGGUGGCUGUAAAUAAUACCAGGAAAAAGGUUACAGUUAAGCUCAUUCCAAGAAUUGAUCUGCAAGCUUUGGCUGCCAAAUUUGGUGGAGGUUAUAGUCGCCAAAAGGUUGCUGUACCAGCCCCUAGAUUAAUCAGCUCGAGUGAACUUGAGGAGUUCCGACCACUCAUUCAGGUCAAGCGUGACCGGGAAACAGGCAAGGUUUUUGAGGUUCUUGAUGGGUUGAUGCUCAAAGAUGGGUAUGUAUACAAGAAAGUAUCUCCGGAUUCAUUAAGUUUAUGGGGUGUUGUGCCAACAGAAGAGGAGCUGUUAAAAUUUGGGAAUUGUGAAAACAAUGAGUCAAAAGAUCUAGAGUGGCUUGCUCAACUUUAUGGUGGUAAGAAGAAAAAACGUGUAAUAAGACCCAACAAAGGAGGUGGGAAAGGAGAGAGUUCAUCAGAUUUGGGUGUGGGAAAUGAUUUUGAACUUUAUGAUUUAGUAUGUUUCGGGAAGAAGGACUUUGGUGUAAUAGUCGGCAUGGAUAAAGAUGAUACUUACAGGAUUCUAAAAGAGAGUUCAGAUGGACCUGUUGUUAUAACUAUUGAACGAAAGGAAAUAAAGAGUGGGCUAUUGGAUUUGAAACUCACUGCCUUUGAUCAACAAAAUAAGGCUAUAUUGGUUAAUGAUACUGUCAGGGUUCUAGACGGUCCAUCUAAGGGUAAACAAGGCAUUGUUAAGCACAUUUAUAGGGGAAUUGUCUUUUUACAUGAUGGAAAUGAGGAAGAAAAUGGAGGUUACGUCACAUGUAAAUCUAAUAUGUGUGAGAAGGUCAAGCUUGAUGCUGGUGAUUUCAGUGGAAAGGAUAGUGAACCAGGUCCUUUAUUCUUUGAAGACCAACCAUCAUCACCAAGAUCUCCCUUAUCACCCAAAAAACCAUGGCAAGCAAGGGAAAAUAAUCGAGAAUUUAACCGUGGGGACAGCAAUAACAUGUUUAAUAUUGGUCAGACCUUGAGAAUUAGGAUAGGUCCUUUGAAGGGAUACCUUUGCCGUGUCAUUGCCUUGCGCCGCGCUGAUGUAACUGUGAAACUUGAUUCUCAGCAGAAGGUUCUUACAGUUAAAUGCGAGCAUCUUUCUGAGGUUCAGGGGAAGAGUGCUGCCAUUUCAUCACGUGGUGAUCCAGAUUCAAGUUCAUCUAAGCCAUUUGAGCUGCUGGGUGGUGAAGGAAGCUCUGGAGGUUGGCUGAAUGGAGUGGGAACUUCCACUGGCAGUGGUGGAUGGAAUGCUGCUGGGGCAUCAUCUGAAAGGGGUACAAGGUCUAAUGAUUCUGCUCCAAGCUUAUUGAAGCCAGACUCUUCCUUAAAUCCUUUCAGUUCCAAGGGUGCAGAGGAUUCUCCUUGGGAAACUAAAAGUAAUUCAAACCAGAACUCUCCAUGGGUUGCUGCAGUGGAGAAGACUGGAGUUGCUUCUAAUCCAGAAAACUCUAGUGGCUGCUGGGGAAAUGGUGGAGGCAGUUGGGGUCUGGCAGAACGUAAAACUGGAAGUGUGGGUGAUGACAAUCAGAAUAGCAAUUGGAAUACAACCAAGAUUUCUGAAAAGGAAUCUUCUGGUUGGAACAGUGUCCAAAAGUCAAAUGAAACUUCAUUGACUGGAUGGGGUGAUGGCAAUGGUUUUAAAAGUGGAUCAGAUGAAGGAAACCUCACUUCUAAUUGGCGUGGGUGGGAGUCUGGAACAAGUGGAGUCAAAGUCGGAAAUCCUUCUGGUUCUUCAGAUAUCAAUGCUAGUAAGGAUGCUGGAUGGAGCAAUAAACCAAAUAAGGAAGGGAGUGAGCCAUCUGGUAUGGGAACAAAAAGCAAUUGGAAUGCUUCCGGAUAUUCGUCACGUGAUGUGGAGGAAGAAGGUAAAGAUCAAGGUGGUUGGAGUGCAGGAAAUACUUCAGACGGUCCAGCUGUGGGGUUCGGUCAAGCUGAAAAUAGUGGUUCUGAUUUGGGAAAAGACAGUAAAUGGAAUGCUGUAUCUGAUGGUACUGGUGCGAAUCAAGGGAAUGGUUGGGGUCAGAAAAGCAAUUGGAACUCUGGAUCUUGGAAUGACUCAAAUGAAAAGAAAUCUACCAGUGGGAAUUCUCACUGGAGUUCUGGGCGUACUGAGCCUGGAAAUCAAGAUUCCAACUUGGACAUGAAAAGCAAUUGGAACUCUGGAAGCAGUGGAAACUGGGCUUCUGAUUCGAAAAAUAGCAAUUGCAAUCCUGGAUCUGAUAAUUCCAAUGAAAAUCCAGACAGGGGAAAUAAUGACAACUGGAACAGUAAUAAGCGUUUUUCGAGUGCGGGGAAUGAAAGCAAGAAUUCUAGCUGGAGUUCUAGGCAUCCUGAUACUGGAAAUAAUGAUAGUAGCUGGGGCAAGAAAAGUAAUUGGAAUUCUGGAUCAGGUGAUGCCAAUCAAAACAACAGUUGGAAAAACAAUAGCAGCUGGAGUGCAGGCUCAAGCGAUAAACAGUUGAAUAGUGAAAAUGAAGGUUCAAAUGAAAAUUCUAGAGGAGUUGGUGGUGGGAACUGGAGAGGUUGGAAUUCUGGAUCAGGUGACGCCAAUCAAAACAACACUUGGAAAAGCAAUAGCAGCUGGAGUGCAGGCUCAAGCGAUAAUCAGUUGAAUGGUGAAAAUGAAGGUUCAAAUGAAAAUUCUAGAGGAGCAGGUGGUGGGAACUGGAGAGGUGGUUACCAGGGUAGGGGUGGAUCAGACAGAGGGGGCUUUAGAGGUAGGGGUUUUCGAGGUAGAGGAGACCGAGGGGGUUUUGGAGGGCGUGGGGAUUUUGGAGGCCGAGGAGACCGUGGGGGUUUUGGAGGCAGGGGAGAUCGUGGGGGUUUUGGUGGCCGGGGAGACCGUGGGGGCUUUGGUGGUAGAGGUAGAUCGGACAGGGAAGGUUUUGGUGGUAGGUGGGGAUCAGGUGGAGGCAGAGGUCGAGGAAGGAGUGAUCAAUCUGGUAGUUGGAACAAUAGGAGGGAUUCUAGUGAGGAUGGGUCCUCUGACUGGAAGAAAGGUCCAGGUAAUGUUGAAGGAUGGAGUAAUAGUAAUGGAUCCCAGGCUUGGAAUCAGGAUACUGGUGACAAAAAAAAGAAGAGCUGGAGCCAGGAAAAUGCGGAUAAGGAGCAUCCUAGCUGGAACCGAGGAGGUGGAAGUGAAGAGAGAUGGAGUUCAGCAAGUGGUGGGGCUAAUGAUAAUAGAUCCCAGGCUUGGAAACAUGAUACUGGGGACAAGGACAGGCAGAGCUGGAGCCAAGGGAAUGCAGAUAAGGAGAGUCCCAGUUGGAACCAAGGGGGUGGAAAUAAGCCAAAGUGGAGCUCAGCAGAUGGUGGAGCUAAUGAUUCAGGCUGGAAUCAAGGAGGUGGAAGUAAGAAGAGCUGGAGUUCAGUAAGUGGUGAAGCUAAUGAUAAUGUAUCUCAGGCUUGGAACCAGGUGAAUGCAGAUAAGGAUCGUUCUGGCUGGAACCAAGGUGGAAAUAAGCAGAGCUGGAGCUCCGCAAGUGGAGCUAACGAUAAUUGGAACAGCAAUGAGUCAAGACAGGCUACAUGUGCUAGCUUGAAAAAAUCUACAGCUGAAGAGACCAAUGUCCAGGAUGGUGGGUGGAACAAGGGAUCUAGUUCAAACACUACUGGAGUUCUGAAGUGGGGUCAAUCUAGUAGUGCUGCAGAUAAUGGUCAAUCUUCUAGCUGGAAAGAAUCAGCAGAAGGUGCAGCAGGUUCAUGGGGCAAGAAAAAUGACGGGGUUGUCAAAGGUGGAUGGUAGUUGCUUUCUUUCUAAAACGUGAUGGACCGGAGCAUUUUGAAAUGUAGCCAAUGGCAAACCUUUUUUUUUUUUUUUGUAUAUCCUUAUAAAUCUUUGCUGUAACGUGAUUUCUCCCUUAAACUAAACGAGAUUGGUGAAUGACUAAUCCCUUCUUCCGUUUUAUGCGUGAUUAUGUUAAAAUGUUUUCUAGAAUUUGAUUGCAUUGUUGGAUUACAAUGUGUUCCUUUCCGAGUCUA